AUGGAGGAUCCUUGGGGCGACCCGUGGGCGGCGCCCGUGACGAUUGAGCUGCCCCCCGCUGCGACGGUGGUGGCGCCGCCGCCGAGGGAGGCGUUUAUGGAGGCGCCCGACGGCUCCCUGGGGAGGCGGCCGGACGCGGCUGCAUCCCCGUGGGGCGACGAUGACGAUGCCUGGGGGGACGCUGGGGCGAAUACCGGGAGGGAUGCAGGCUCUGGGUGGGGGAUGAGCUCGAGACAGGAGCCGUUGGCCGGUGUGUUUGCCGAACAGCCAUUGCCGGAUCCUUGGGCCACGGCACCAGCACCGGCAGCGGUGGCGUUGGACGCGGAUUCCGAGACGGACGCCCGAGUGGAUAUGCAGAAGCCGGAUGAGGCGACGACGGAAGACGACAAGACGGGGACCGUCAGUCUCGAAGCGCGUGGCUUCUCACAGAACGACGCCACCUCGAUCCAUCAUCCGCUGGCUGAUGCUCUCGACACAAAUGCGCAGGACAUCUGGGCCGCCCAAGAACCAGCCGUAGUCGCAGACCGCGGAAGGACGCCCGAGCCGGCCGACGAGGAGCCGCCGCCGUCCCCCGGAUCCCCCGACGCCCCUACUCGACAUGCCAUUGGAGCCGAGGACAGGCAAGAGGCGGGCCGGCAGGCUUCCAGGGUGCAGGGGCUCGUGGAGAUGUUUGACGGCAUAGCGAAGCGCAACAUGUCGCCGGCGCCUGCAACGGUGGGCAAGAAGACUGUCGCGCACGAGGACUCUGGUCCAGAGUCGGCGCGCGGCCCGGAGAAUGAGCCGCAGACGACACGCACAGAGUAUUUUACUGAGACCUCUACGGACUGGUCAGCGCAUGUAUCGACAGAGGAGGCACGAAACGAGAGACCCCGAUCAGAAGAUGGGCUGGAGACGACGGCCGGCUCAGGGGACUGGCAAGACCAGAUCCCCCAAGGGAAAAAAGGGACACAGCACAUCGUCUACCCCAUCGACAUGACCCGCCUAGACGAUAUAUUCCCAGACGCUUCGGCGCAGCUGCCGGAGCCGGAGCGCGGCCCUGCAACCCUUACCGACGACUUCUUCACGACCGUAUCGGAGCGCAAGGCGUGGUACCGAAUAUCGCGCUUCGGCUCCAUGCGAUGCCACGAUCAGGGCGACCCGGACGACUACAUGCGCGUCGGCUGGGCGACGUCACGCGUGCGCGAGCGCACCAUGGAGCUGGUGCGGCGGUGGAUGGAGCAGGACUCGCAGGGCGGGCGUGUCGUCCUGGGCCGCCGCGUCGGGCUAGUCGGGGGCAGCAUGUUCAACUGGGAUUCGGCGGCUGCGCCUGUCGAGAUUGCCGAGUUGCUGCGCAACAGGGGUGAGAGGAAGACGCCCGAGGCACACUGGCGACGGGCGUCUGCUGCCAUGAGUGAAGCGUCCACGACGGCGGCGCGUGGCAACUUGCCGGCGGCUGCCCCGUGGCCGGCGUCUUUUGGCGCGGAGCCGGUCAAGGAUUCUCCGGUCCAGGGGCAGGAUGAUUCAUUGGCGGUGCCGCUUGCGAUUCCGCCGAAUGCCUUUUCUACGACGCCAACACUGCCAGCGGAGACUUCUAUUGGAGCACCUGCGGCAUUCGAGCAGCCAGGAGGGGGUGUGACGGAAGAUGACGCCGACGACGACGACUGGGGAGACAUGGUUUCCCCGACUGUCAUGGAGCCCAAGGGUCCGUUUUCGGUGCCGUUCUUGGAUGCUGGUGCUGUUGUGAAUGGAAGCUUGCCCACUCGUGAAUUGGCCCAACCUAGAUUGGGGGGCGUAAGUCGAAAUGGAACAGAAGGUAUGGACAGGAAACAUGAGGACAUGGGCAAGAUGAACCGGGCAGCAUCACCGGGCGACGAUUCCAGCCUGGGUUGGGCAUGGGGCACCGACUUGGCUCCCGAGGUGAUCAAGCCCACGCCCACACAAGCAACACAAGAUGCGGAACCUCUGGCGCGACGCAAGCCAAUCCAGCACCCCAAUCCCGGCGCGGAUCACGCACCAUUACUCCUCUCCAUAUCUGGCACAAGUACAGACGAUAUGAUGGCUGCCCUGGACGCCACGUCAGCAGGAGAGGGUGCCGGGAGUGACCAGGUGGUGGCUCGCAUACUGAGAAGUCUGCCUGACCUGACGUACAUGCUUCGCUAG